GCAGCGACACCUGCUGCGCGCUGCUAGGAGAAGAGCGGUUUUCCUUCCUGGGAAAGCGGUUUGUCUCUGCUGGGAAGCCUUGUGGCUUUGGCUUUUAAGGUGGGAGAAGCGGAAGCGGGCAAGUCUGCGCCUUCCUCAAACACAAACAUUUCUGCGGUCUGCGAGCUCUCCAACCUGGCGCAGGCUGCGGUGGCGACGCUUUUGUUUUGCAAACUCCUUCCAGCCUGUCCUUGGUUGCAGAUUUUCGGCAGAGCUGGCCAUGAUGUUCCGCUUUGUGGUCGGAGCUCUCUUCCCAGCGCUUCUCCUGGCUGCACCACCUCCCAUCAACAAACUCGCCCUUUUCCCGGACAAGAGCGCUUGGUGUGAGGCCAAGAACAUCACCCAGAUCGUGGGGCACAGCGGCUGCGAGUCCAAGUCCAUCCAGAACAGGGCCUGCCUGGGGCAGUGUUUCAGCUACAGUGUCCCCAACACCUUCCCUCAGUCCACAGAGUCCCUGGUUCACUGCGACUCCUGCAUGCCGGCGCAGUCCAUGUGGGAAAUUGUGACACUGGACUGCCCAGGCAACGACGAGAUCCCCAGGGUUGACAAGCUGGUGGAGAAGAUACUUCACUGCAGCUGCCAGGCUUGCGGCAAGGAGCCGAGCCACGAGGGAGCCCUGUUCAACGUCUACUUGAACGCGGAGGAGAACAUGCCCGCGGAGGGCCCCGGCCCCCACCACUAUGGCCACCACCAGCAGGAGGUAGAAGAGCCCCCCGCUUCCAGCCACCACCACCACGAGGAGGAGGGCGACGAGUGACCCGGCCCUCGCGGACUGUCCUUGCAACGCGGGCAGGCAGUGUGUGCGAGGGAGAGGGCCGGGCCUUGGGGAGGGAGGGGGGUGGUAGAGGCUUUCCUGUGUAAUAGCUACCCUCACGCUUUGCUCUCCACGACACCCUGGGGUUGGAGGAGCGGUUUGAGGCACGGGCAGGACGUGGGGCUGGAGCAGCGGGGCCACAGGAGGGCUGGGGGUUUCUGAUGCAAAACUACUUGCACAUCAUAGUAAUAAUAUAUUGAGAGGAGCGGGGACGUGGGCAGAGGGGGCUUUGGCAGAGAGUGGGAGCCGAGCCGGGCUCCCCAGGGCUGUCUGCAGGAUCCUCAGCCUGCUGUGGAGCCCUCGAUGAGCCCUCUGGGCUUUUCUUCUGUACGUGGCUCUUGCCUGGCCUGGAGGAAGAAGGGACGUGGCUUCCCUGCAGCCACACAAGAGAUGCACAUCUCUUCUGUGGGAUGGGGGUCUCCCUUCUUCCUCGUGCUUCCCCUGACUGCCUUGGGGUGCCUGGGCUCGGCAUGGGCGCGCUGUUCCUCCUGGCGCUCGCUGGGUCCUACUUCAACCCCCGUGCCUUUGUGUGAGGUAACUCACAGGGAGCAUUUUGCCCUGGCUGUGCCUCUGCGGCUGUGUGUGAGGUUGCUGGGAGCCGUGGUGGCCAGAGCCCUUUCCUUGCUGGUCCUCAGGGCCACCACAAAGCUCGCAAGGGUGAGGGAGAUGCACUGUGCCAUGGGCACUGGGGCUUCACAUUUCACAGCCUGUGCUGGGGUGGUGUUGGUGGGAGCUGGCCCCUCUCCCCUCCUUCCCUGCUGCACUUUAAUUGUGGUGGAGGGAGAAGGGGGACAAGUCCUGGGAUGCUGAUGGACCUUUGUAGGGACUGCUCUGGACCCCACUGCAGAUGCGGGGCUGGGCUCAGGGUGGGGGCCCCUCCUGCUACCCCUCUCUCUGUUGUAUAAAGCUAAUUUCUUUGGCACUGUCCUGACAAGAGCUUCCAGAGCUUGUAACCGACGCCUCCCUCUCCUUUGUACAAGUUUUGGUUUGUGUUUUUUGUUGGUUUUUGGUUUUGUUUUCUUAAAUAAAUUAGUUCUGACUUCCA